AUGGCUUUUAUGAUGCCGGUCAUGAAAAAUAAUUACGACAUCUACAAAAAGGAUGGUCGUUCACGCAAAACCUCGGAGUGUUCGAAUGGACCCACCUCGGGCCCAGCUGGAACUCCUUCCGUGGCAUCGGCCAUGGGUGUGAGUAGUGCCCAGGCCACACGCAGGCAGCGCAUGAAAUCCGAAAGCUUUGCCUCCUCACCCAGCCACACAUAUCGCAUGCAAAUGCAGCGUUGCCAAAGUCAAAAGACCUUUCCACGUAAUGCUUCGCGUAGCUCACAGUGCAGCACAUCGGGUGCUUUGUCACCGACACGUUCCUUUUAUCAGCCCUCUAGCAGUCCGCCAAAGGCCAACAACAAUGAAAACAACUCGGCCGGAUCACAACCGGAUUUGACCAAAUUCCAUUUACGUUUAGUGGAGAAAUUACGUAAAUCCUUUCGCAAGGAUUCGGCCAAACGUUCCUGAAAGACUAGUCUUUGGUCACGAGAACAACAUCAACAACAA